GCUGGGGGUCACUGGUAGGAGGGUCUGAAAGGCCUCACUGGGGUGACAUUUGCUGGGACCAGAAUGACAGGGGGGAGCCAGCCCUGCACGAGCCUGGUAGCAGUGUGUCAGGGAGAAGGUGCGACUGAUGCAGAGUCUUGCAGGCAAGAGUGAGUUUGGCCGGAAGAGGUUAGAAAGGUGGCCAGUGUGGCUGGAGGGAGGCUGGGAGGAGAGAACAGGAGCUGGGGUGGAAGGUAGGGCCAGGGCCUGGUGGGCUGUGUCAGUUACCUUUCCCUCUCUGACUUCAUUGCCCCAACCUUGCAUUUCAAAACUACAAACGUUGACUAUCUCACAAUUUGUGUGGAUCAGCAAUCAGGCACGUUUUAGCUGGGCGCCUCUGCCUCAAUGAGUUUAACAGGUUGGGGCUGUGGCCUCAACUGAGGCUCAACGGGGGAAGGACUGGCCCCCAAGUUCACUCUCAGCCUUCAGGGUUCAGUUUGGACUGAGAGCCUGAGUUCCCUUCUGUCUGUUGGCCUGGGCACUCCCUUGUUUCUCUCCUCGAUGGGCCUCCACAUUGGGCAGCCCCAAAACACCAGUAUUUGAUUCCUCAGUUCCAGGGAUUCGACAGAGUGAGAGAGAGACACGGAGUAAGAGGAAGUGAGAGACUUUUUUAGUUAAAAUCUAGACAAGACAUCCUGUCACCUUGGCUGUUAUUAUGUUCAGAAGCCAGUGACUAACCACUUAGUGGUUCCACGGGGAGGUGUAUAACAUGGGUGGGGCUUACUGGGUACCCCUGUGGAGGCUAUCCACCUCAUAGGCCAAGAUGAGGCACUUGGGUCUGAUUCUACAUAAAGCAGCAAACAAUUGAAUGGUUUUAUGCCACAGUAUGGCAAUAUCUGAAUUUCCAUUAGUUUCAACCCCCUCAUGAUGCUGACCUGAAAAUGAGGCCAAGUUGGAUGUGACUGUCCCAAAAUCACAUUCCUGGAACCCAGGCCUGUUUUGAGUGGUGUUCUGUGCUGCGUGUCACCCCUCAUUAUUAUUCUUCCAUCUCUAAGUUUGGGCCUUAGGUACAUGUGACACCAGCCCACAGGGGUAAUAGAUAUUAUCUCAUAUACACUGGGUGACGUCCCUAGGAAGUAGAUUCUAGCCUGAUCCCCAUGGUACAGGUUUGGAGACUGGGGAGGACCUGAGAGGCACAGUGACUUUCCCAGGAUGCAGAACUGGUAAGAAAAAGAAGGUCUGCAUUCAUCUCUGUCUCCUCAAAGCUAGGACCCUAGUGAGGUUUCCAGGGAGCUGCGGCUAGGGCUGUGUGGGCUCCUUGUGUACAGUUCAGGAGAUGACAUGGGGGAGGAGGGUGAGCAGCCCAGGGGCAGGGAGCAGCUCUGGGCAAGUCUGAUUGAGGGAAGGGACCCAGGUAAUGGAAUCUUGAAAAAUGACCUCACUUCUUUGGUCAUAGACCUCAACAGAUCUUAGAACUCUGGUAACCAGGCACCCACAGACCCCCAUCCAGCUCACUUGACUGGCGACGGUCAACAGACAAAGAUGUUUAGUUGUUGUGUCCCGAUUUUUGGAAGAUCUGGGCUCAAGAAAGCCCAGAAAGAGAAUCUUUUUCGUCAUUGCCGACGUUGGCUCAGCCCUCAUCCCCGAUGCCUCUGGGCAUCUGGCAGGAGGCAGCGAAAGCGCUGGAGCCAGCGUCCCCUCCCUCAGCAGUGUUGGAGCUGGAGCAAGGGCCCACGUCGGCUGCAGCAGGAGUGGGAGCUGCUGAGCUGGAGUCACCUGGACCAUCACUUCUAGUGGGAAGUCCAUCUCCACCUGUGGCCAUUAAGGAGGGUGAGAAGAAGCCUAACCUCACGGCCUUCCCUCCUAAGCUGGUGGCGGAGCAGUUGACCGUGAUGGAUGCGGAGCUCUUCCGGAAAGUGGUGCCCUCUCAGUGCCUGGGCUCCACCUGGGGCAAGAGGAACAAGCCCGGCAAUGAGCACCUGGCACCCACCGUCCAGGCCACUGUCGACCACUUCAGAAGGGUGGUCAGCCUCGUCGUCACCACCUGCCUCGGGGACCCGAGCAUGACAGCCCAGGACAGGGCGAGGGUGGUGGAGCACUGGAUCCAGGUGGCCCAGGAGUGCGAGAUCCUGAAGAACUUCUCCUCGCUCCGUGCUGUCAUCUCUGCUCUGCAGAAAACCUCCAUAAGCCACCUGAAGAACACGUGGGCGGAUGUUUCCUGGCGAAGAUUUGUGAUGCAGCUUUUAAGGCUACAUCUGGGCCUCCUUCCAUCAUGUCUAUGCUGCCUACACACUAGGCUCUCCAGUAUCCCUGCACGUACUUAUGUAAUGCUGUUUCAGGAGGAAAUGUCCUGGAGGCCCCAGCCUCUGUCAGGUACAUUGUGGCCACUCUUCCCUGAGGGAGUUGAUCUGGUGGAUCAGGGACGGGUUUUCAUUUCCCAGGCUAUGGGUCCCUCUAUUUGGCCACAGAAAACUGCCACCCUCUCCGUUGCAUGCCAAGGUGACUUCUGGGUUUGUGUGGUUCUGAAGUCCAUGGUCUCUGACAUUCGCCAGUUUACACACUCAGUCAUGAUUUUACUGACGUGUCCUAAAGGGCUAGAUGGGCCUGAACCCAUAGAUUUUGUAGCCCCCUGGGAUGGCUGUGUUAUUUUCCACAGCCUUGUGCUGUGGUUAUGUGUCAUGGGGGCUGUGAACCUUUCCUGUUGGGAGCUUUGAAAGAUGAGGCAUGAGAGGGGAGGGUGUAGGCAGGUCCAUUGAGGGAAUGCCACCACACUGAUGAUCCAUGGCCAUGAAUGGACACAGUCUUACCAAUCAAAAUACUGAAGUGCUUCCCAUCUGGUGGUGAACAGACACUGCUCUGAGCUCACCCUGAGAACCCACCCCAUGACCAGGAACUAAAGGGUUCCCACGUGGCUUUUUGAACAUCACGUCUGGAAACACCCUGUAAGACAAGGCCCAGAUGAACUGCUUGGCAGUUCUGAGCUAUCCUCCUCCAUCAGAAGGCUGCAAUUGUCCUUCAGACACACAGCAGGCUGGACUCUGCCAGGGAGGCCUUUACAGUGCAAGCUGGUGUUGAGCAUACAUCCUGGUUCCCAGCAGCCCAGGCCCUUCCUGACAUGGCACAGCCAUCCAGGAAAGUGAUUUGCUAAAGGAAAGAUAGGGAAGACUAUACUUUACCUCCAAAUAGAAAGAGAAGCGCCAGCUCCCAUGUCUAAUCAGGAUGAGGAGGUAGUCAAGGGUGCCCGCAGGGUUUCUACUGCAGGACUAUGAGGCUCCUGAGAACUGAUCCUGCGUGUAGCAACAUUUAAUAACCCUUGUGCCCAAUGAUAUAGCAGAAGGGCGACAAUUUAUUGCACCUUUGGGCAUCCAUUUGUCAAAAGUGCACUUACAGUCAUCCAUAAGAGAAUCACGUUUGCACAAUGGUACAUAUCACUCAAUCUUUUACUGCUUUUUUAAACUUAUGUAAAUUUAACUAAUGUACAAAAUACACAAAAGUACUCAAACUUAUUCAUACCUGAAUAAGGAAGAAAUAUAACAAUCACUCCAUGUUUUUGCAGGUAGUCACCCUUUCAUAGCUGGUAUUUAUAACUACCUUCUUCCAUUACCCACUUCAUAUUCCCUUUGCCUCAGCAAGCACCUCAGCUGGUUGUGGUUCUUUGCAAACCCUUUUCAAUUUCAGUGGUAGAACCUGACCUUCAUUCCUGAAGGGUCACAGCCAUUCCUAGUCCUGCCUGGACUGGUUUCUUGUAGUUUUCCAUUGACGUUAAUCACAGGGCACGUGAUACUAAGAAAACCCUAAGGACUCUCCUGUAUUCCUUACCUCCAUUGUGGAGCAGCAGUCCAGUUUCCUCUUGGUAAUCAGGAUCAAUCACCGCGGCCUGCAUGGAAACUCUCUUCCUUUUGCCUGUAGAGUC